AUGUCUACCUUCGGCUCCCCCGGCGGCAGCACCAAGUUCUCCAAACCCAUCCCGCCUGAACGCGGCUCUUUCCCCCUCGACCAUGGAGCGGAAUGCCAGCCUAUUAUGCAGCAGUACCUCAAGUGUUUGAAGAGUCAUCGCGGGGUCAAUGAUGAUGAGUGCAGGGCGUUGAGUAAGAGUUAUCUGACGUGUCGGAUGGAGAGGAAUCUGAUGGCGCCGGACUCGAUGCGGAAUUUGGGGUUUCAAGAGAAGGAGAAGGAGCAGGCCGAUCAAGAGGCGGGGAGCAAAAGGACCAGCGCAUCUGAAUGA